AAAUACAAAAGCCAAAAUGGAAAAGGAGAGAGAAUUAUUGAAUUGUGUUCUAUUGGACUAAAUAAAACGCCGUGAUUAUUUUAUUUUUUUUAACACAUUUUAUUCAUUCUCUCUCUCUCAAUUAAAAAUGUGCUUUAAAUGUUUCAAUGUAUUAAAGCAUUUGUAAGCAUCAUACAUGAAUAUAUACAUAGGGCUAGAUCCAAAUAAAAAUAAUAAUAAUAAUAAGGUAAGUAGAACAACUAAUCAACAUUUAAGAAUUCUAUGAACAGUUUAGAAUUCAGUGUGUGUGAGUGAAAUCUCUCUCUCUCUCUCUCUCUCUCUCUCUCUCUCUCUCUCUCUCUCUCUCUCGCUCGCUCGCUCGCUCAAAAUAGCAGUGCACAGUUCUCUAUCGCUCAGAUCAUCUGGACCCGCUCAGUGUCGGAUUGCCAGUUUGAUCGAGCGCGUCCGUAAUGCGGGACACACCAGCACCGGAGACGCGCGCGCUCGCACACACCCCCGAUGGCGACCCGUGAGCGCGCCCGGGACUUAACAUGCCCAACCGAACCGAGCCGGAGCCGCGGGAGCUGCUGGCGCGCGCGCUCACCGGGACCGUGCUGAGCGUUCUGAUCCUCUGGACUCUGUUCGGGAAUAUUCUGGUGUGCGCGGCCGUGCUGCGGUUCCGACACCUGCGCGCGAAAGUCACGAACAUCUUCAUCGUGUCGCUGGCCGUCUCGGACCUGCUCGUGGCCGUGCUCGUGAUGCCGUGGAAGGCGGUCACGGAGGUCACCGGGUUCUGGCCGUUCGGUGCGUUCUGCGACAUCUGGGUGGCGUUCGACAUCAUGUGCUCCACCGCGUCCAUCCUGAACCUGUGCGUGAUCAGCGUGGACCGGUACUGGGCCAUCAGCAGCCCGUUCCGCUACGAGCGCAAGAUGACCCCGCGCGUGGCGUGCGUGAUGAUCGGCGCGUUGUGGACCCUGUCGGUGCUCAUCUCCUUCAUCCCGGUGCAGCUCGACUGGCACAAAGCCUCCGCGGAGCCCGGGUCCAACGCCACCGACGCGCACGCCACCAAAGACACCUGCGACUCGAGUCUGAGCCUGGAGUACGCGAUCUCCUCAUCCCUCAUCAGCUUCUACAUCCCCGUGGCCAUCAUGAUCGUCACGUACACGCGGAUCUACCGGAUCGCGCACAUCCAGAUUCGGAGGAUAGCUUCACUGAAGCGCGCGGCAGCGCAAGCGCAAAACAGCCGUGCGAACCGGCUCGCGCGCCACCACCACCAUCACCACCAUCACCUUCAUCAUCACCAUCACCAUUCACACAGCAGCCUGAAGACGAACUUCAACCGCGAGACUAAAGUUCUGAAGACUCUGUCCGUGAUCAUGGGCGUGUUCGUGUUCUGCUGGCUGCCGUUCUUCGUGCUGAACUGCGUGGUUCCGUUCUGCCCCCGCGAACCGUCCGCGGCCCCGCCGUGCGUCAGCGACACCACCUUCGACGUGUUCGUGUGGUUCGGCUGGACCAACUCGUCGCUGAACCCCGUGAUCUACGCGUUCAACGCGGAGUUCCGCAAGAGCUUCUCGAGCCUGCUGGGCUGCCGGAACCGGUGCCGGACCCCCGUGGACACGGUCAACAUCAGCAACGAGCUCGUGUCCUACAACCAGGACACGCUGUUCCACAAGGAGGUCGCGGGAGCGUACGUCAACAUCAUCCCGAACGCCGUGGACGCGUUCGACCGGAUCUCGCAGCUUUCGCACGGGGAUGACGAGGACGACGCGUGCGAUGUGGAGCGCGAGGCGGACGGCGCGUUCUCGCAGAAUGGGAUUCACUGACCGAGAGCGCGCGCACUGACGCUGGAAUGUGAACGCGCUGCAUACCGUUCCUGGACAUGUGUAUGAAAUGCUUACAGUUGUUGACACGUGACCCGAUGAGUGGCGCGCACUUAUCAUGCGUGCAGCUCUUAGUAUGAUGAUGAUGAUGAUGAUGAUGAUGAUAGUCAGAGAGUGCCUGAACUCAGCAGCAGCGCGUCGGACACUUCCGGUCCAGUCUCCUCAUCUAUACAGCGCUUUACAGACAGGAGAUUACAGAGUGUUUGGGCUUCACAGCAGAUCUAGAAUAGAGUUAUUGUCCAGAUAAAGUUAGUUUUGAUUGAUUCACUUCCGUUGUGAAGAUCAUUAGCGAUUAACUAACAACUGAACACAGAAAUCAAAUGUGUUCCGGCCGUUUAUCAGUCUGAGGAUGAGAACACACACUCUGAAACAGGGUCGAAGGUGCAAGCGGUGAAAAACACCAUCAUCUGCCUGCCUGUAGCGAAACAUCGCUGGGACAUCUGGGCCGGAUCUGGGCCGACGCUGCGCUGCUGUCCGAGUGCAGACGCAAAAUGACUUCAGAUAUUCAUGUCAUAUAUAUUCAUAUCUUGACUUCAGCUUAGUUUUAUGGAAAUAUUGAACAAUGUAUUUUUUGCUUAAAACAAGAACAAAAAUGAAAGACAAUAUUCUUCAUGAAACAAGAGUGAAUAUCUUCAGUCAUUUUGCUUCUUCUCCAGGAGAUAUAUCUGGAGUUAUGAAUGUUCAGGUGUUGCUGGAAAACAGUGCAGAUGACGUUCAACACUUCCGGCGCACACACACACACAGCAGCCCGAACACACACUCC